AUGCUCAGCUCCUUAUUGUCAACAGGCGUUGUAGCCAAGCCAUCUGGAGAUUCAACUUCAAAAACAGGUGUAGAAAACUACUUCAAUCUGAACACAGUUUCUCAGAUAACGAUCACUACUGAAAGCAUUUCCCCAACGACGGAACCUGUGGUUGGAACAAAAGGGAAUAGUGAAAAUGAUUUGGAUCACAAUAAAAUCACAAAUACGGAUGUCAAAAACGAUUUCCUUAAUUAUUAUGCCACCAAGAUGUUGAGCUAUAUGAAUCACACCGUGAUGCCAUGUGACGAUUUCUAUGAGUACGCUUGUGGAAACUGGAAAAAUGUGAAACCGGAAAAGCAAACCAAUAUUAAAGAAAGCAAUUUAAUGGAAAUUGUCUAUACCCUGGCCGAUAUAAGCGAACAGCUGCUGCUAUCAGAGACACAGCUUGCAACCGACUUGGGCUAUGGAAAUGAGAUGCAGAUUGCGCAACAAUUUUAUAACGCGUGCUUAAACGCUGAGCUCUAUCCGCUUCCAGCAGCUGACCCUGCUUAUCUGAAGCUUAUCAGGUCGAUUGGCGGAUUUCCCGCUAUAGACGGGGAAGCAUGGCAAGCCUCGAAUUUCAGCUGGUUCAACAUGAGCGCUCAUUUGACGAACUACGGAAGCAUGAGUCUGAUCUAUGAAAAUAUUAUUGGGGUGCAUCCAUUUCAACCGUAUUUCAAGCUGCCCGAGCUGGGUUUUGACUUCAUCGUUCACAGCGACAACAUCGCCACCAAUGUCACCAAAGGAUACAAGCGCAACGAAAAGCGCAUGCACGAAUAUCUGACGGCCAAUGGAUUAUCCGAGGAAAAGACAGCCGAUGUGAUAGCUGGAGUGUUUGCCUUUUGGCGUGAAGCGUUGCAGGUUGCAGAACGUUUUAAUGAAAAUGAAGAAAAAUGUGAAGAUCUUACCAGAACUGAGAGCUUGAAGUUGUUUUCGGGUUGGAAAGAUUACUAUGAUAUCGUCUGGGGAGGAAUGGAGCAUUUUGGUGUUUAUCCACCUGAACACUUCUGCGACUUCUAUUACCAUGAACUGGAUAAAGUGUGCGACAAGCACAAGGAAGCCGUUGCCAAUUAUCUGGCCAUGAAGCUGCUGUUUACUAUGGAUUCCAAACUGAAAUCAACCAAAUUCCAGCGCGAAAGUUGUCUACUGGAAGUGCAGUCUUCAGUGCCGUAUCUGUUGGAUAAACUUUACUAUACGAUAAUGAAGGAAUUGCGUGAGUUUCUACAUGAAGUUCUCAAUAAUGCAACCUGGAUCGAUGAAGAGACUCGCAAGGAGGCAUUGUUAAAAGAGUCAAAAAUGACAUCACGUAUGGGUUCAUUUAAGGAUGAGCACCUAACCCAACUUCUCAUACGCGAAAUGAACAAUCUCACCUUUGUGUCAGACAGUUAUACGCAAAGCAUCAUCAAUUUAAGGAAAUUCUGCCAAUAUAUGAAGCGCUACAAUUCCAUACACCACAAGCAACUUUCGAAAGAGACGAAGCCACUGGAAUUCUUGUGA